ACUGAUUCUCGGAGGACGCAUCAACUAAUGCAUGCCACUCCCGAACUAAUAGAGAUGCACAAAACGAUCCUGGCAUACAUCACUAAUGCAUUGAGGCCGAUUUCUACUGAAGCUAAUCAACUUUUCAAUUUGGAGUGCUUUAAUUCUAUAACUGUUGUUACUUACUUUUCUCUCCUAACAAAAUUUUCACAGAUUUAGAAAAAAAAAUGAUCGAGUCAAUGUUGAAAAAAAUCUACGACGAUAACUUCAUUUACAUGGACUGUAAAAUUGUCAGCGACAAAUUUUUUAACUGGGAUAGCUAUGGAUGACGGAUUAUGGAACGAUCUUUUAACCAAUAGUACAGGACUUUCUUUUUCUUUAUUUACCUUAGUUUUAAGGCCUUGUUUUGACUUACUAAUCACACUCCCUACUAUGAUUACAGACUGCUACAUACUUGUCUAAAGCUUCAAUCAGUCAUUAGUUACCUCCAUCCAUUAUUUUUUUUUUGCUUUUUUUAUUUUUUUAAUCGAGUAAAAAUGUUCGGUAACACUCAAUGCUUAGAGAAUGCAUGGGGAACAAGUCCCUUUAGCGAUGAGUUCCUUGACUUGGGAACGUUACCGCACGUUAAACCUAAAGCACGGAUAAUAAGUGACGUUUUAUUGGUACCUCCGAAGGAACUUGCAACAUGCAAUCCAAAACAAGCCCAGUCAGCUGCUUCUCGUGGCGUGAGAUUUCCGACGGCGGCAUCAGGACCGGACUUCCUCGCCCCGGUGAAAUCCAAGACCAUACCGCUGUUGACCCCCGAAAUGGAAGAGGAGAUGAUCAGGAGCAGCAGCAGCAAGGCCUAUCAGCGCUUAAUGAACAACAACAACGUCUGGCAACAACCGGAGCUAAGAUUCGCCCAAGGGCCAGCGGCGAGCUGUGCGGCGGCGACUCCUCGGUCACGACGUCAGCCGAGGCCGCCAUCGCUUGCCACCGCCAGCAGCUGCGCUGCCGAGGAUCAUGCGGAGGCGGUCACCGCCUCGAGCGGAGUUAUCGGCGGAGGCCUAGUUACGGACUCAGCCUCGGUACCACAACUUACUACUUGGGAGGAAAACUUUCAGGAUCUCAGCGACUGGUGCGACACGCCAUGCGAAUUUCCUGCAGGUGAAUCGAGCCUCGCGACGAGUAAUAUUAUAACAGGUACGUUGAAUGGAGGGAACGCCACUAUUGAAUCAACGACAGCAACUAUACCGGGAGCAGUAACGCCUACUUUAACUAAUGGAAAAUUCACGCUCAAUACAAAGGGCAUAGAGACAAACCGUUUAGGACUGCGAACUGUGGUUCAAGUGCCGCCGAUACCGCGGCCAGCGCCACGCCCGCAGCAACUCAAUCCGUAUCAACUGGACCAUCCUUAUCCAGUGAUUUUACCUCAAAGCAAUAGUAACAAUCAAGAACAACCAUAUUACAACUUGGAUUUAAAGACCAGUAACAUUGAAAAUGAUAUUAAAGUCGAAGAUAUGGAGUGGAUGAAGACGAAAGUAAAGCCUGAAGUCGAUACUAAUAUUGAUAAUUUGAAUAAUAAUGCUAAGUGGUCAGAUUUGAAUGAUUUCGACGUUUUUGGAAGUCUGACGAUUUUACCGUUAAGUCAACAGUCGCUCGAUUCUAGGGAAAUAAAUCAAGAUCUUCUUCGAUCAUUUGAUUCUGAUUUUGGAGGAUUGGACUUAGAUUCUCUGCUUAACGAAGGAGUAACGCAGUCUCCGGAGGACAGUAUAUCGACCAAUUCGUCACGGGUCACUGAUCUUUGCGGCAGUCUGCCACAAUUUUCAGUCGAAGAUUCUGUAGCCGCGCAAAUAGCUGUAUCCCCAAUUACGUAUGAACCGGUCGUUUCACCGCCGAGCGUUGAAAAUAUAUCUCUUAGACCUAAGGUCGAAUAUUCUAUGGACACGUCACCUUCAACUUCCACCGGGACGUCGUCACCGUUGCGACCGAUCAGCAACGAUCGACAGUUGCGCAACGUCAGUGUAAAAAUUGAAAAGCCCGAUAGUCCAGACGACGGUAGCAUUUCGACCGGGACCGAGACGACCGAGAGACGUUCAACGCGUAAGAGGAGAGUGCGCGAGCUGUCGGUGUCGAGCAGCACUACAACCAACUCCACCAGACCGACCAAGAGCAGGAGGCGAAGUUACAAAUCGAUCAGUGAAUCUCAUGACGAGGAUGGAAACGACGUGGAUGAUCUGUACAGAGAAACGCGCGAGAAAAAUAACGAGGCAUCGCGCAAAUCGCGCAUGAAUAAAAAGGCCAAGGAAAUGGAAAUGGCUCAGCAAGAGGUCGAACUUGAACGUAGAAAUCGCUUGUUGAAAGUGAGAGCUGAAUAUUUGGAAAAACGCGUUUCUAAGUACCGUGAAAUAUUGUUGUUCGUGGCCCAAACGGGUCCCCAAAACGAUCGGCUACUGAAGGCAAUAAGAAUGAAAUAGAUAUUUUGUCCUAUUAUAAUCAAGCUCAAAUCUAUAGGUCUACGUCAAUGUUGGAAACUAGAAAUAGUUUAUCUCUCUCUUAGAGCUUGAUUUUUUAUGUAUGGAUCAGAUGUGUAUUGUUCGUUUUUGGUAUUGAUUUUAAAACGGAACUUUAUGCAUUUGAACGAGAAAUUUUAAUGACAAGAGCAGAAGUUGUGCUUCAACUAUCUAUGUAACGAUAAGCUUUGCGAUUAAUAGCGUAAGAUAAUUCUGUAGUGCACAGUUUUUUUUAUUGAAAGAAUCAGGGAGCUUGAAGUUUUUAUUUUAAAAAAGCUCCCUAUGUAGUUAAGUGUAAGGUAGGACUUAGCAUACUCCUGUAUGUAUGAAGUGGAGAAAGAGUCGUAUAAUCUUUUUUUUAGCGCUUUAUAUUGUAUAUAAGCUAUUUCAUGCACAUGCUUUUCGAUUUGAAGAUAAAUAUUGUAGGAGAUCUAAGGAUCUCUGUAAGAAAUAAUUGUUAAUUGAACAUUUUUAGUUUUACGUGAAAAUUGCGGUUUUAACCUAAAUCCAAUUAUUGCUGAAAUUUAGAAUUGAUUGAUAUGAUCCUUAGUUUAACCCGCUAAAUUUUGUUUAUUUAUCUGUGCAUUAUUUAUAUGUUAUAGCGAUAUUUCGGGUUUUCAAGAAUAUGUUGAUCUAUUGAUUUUACCGUUUAUGCGAAUGAAAUUUUUCCCAUGAUCGAA